AUGAUUAGAAAAACAAGAAGUGAUAAAAAAGAUACAAUCUGUAAACAUAAGAAGGAUGUAACUUCUUCUAUUCAAGCGUCCAUUCAAAAGGUUAACCAAGAUAAUAAUCAAGAAAAGUGCAAGUUCAAACUCCUGUAUUCCAUACCCGAAAAGGGAUUGUCAAAGAGAAAAGUCACAAGCG